CCAUCCGCCCACCACGACCACUAGAAUGUGUUGUCAUUCAAGAUUGUGAAGAUUUUCGGGCACAAUUUUACGAUCUUUUAUUUACAAAAUUAAAUUAUACUUACAAAAGCACUUUGCCCCAUCUUUUUGUAAAGAAUAAUGGAUAUCACUGCUCUCUUCAAAGCGUGUGUAAAAACAGUACGGACUCGAAACAGGGCGUUCGGAGUCACCGGCAAUGAUUCCGACAAGAGUUCCUCUAUUCUGCCUCGCAUUCAGAAGACGGCAUUCACCCUAAAAGCCAGAGAGGUCGUCAACAACAUAACCAGACUUCGAGAUUUUUUGUUGGAGCACCGGAAGGCUUAUCUGAAUUUUGGAGGCCACCUUCCUGACUUGCCUCAGAUGACGGACGCCGAGAGAGACAAGAUCGAUGCUGGCGCUCAGAUGAUCAUGAAUACUUGCUCCCAUUUGAUUCAGGACUUCAAAAAGAAAACUUUAAAGGUCGAAGAUUCUGUUCAGGUGACGGAGCACAGGCAAAUGGUACUGGACAUGAUUGAGGCUUAUUUGAAAGCAGUGUGCAAAAUUUAUUCCGAACAAAAAGCAAUUCGAGUGAAGAGAGCGAUGGACUUUCAAAAGUUCUCCAGGUUCGAAACAGACAGUCCUACGCAUACAGCUAACAGGCUCAGUGCCACAAAAACAAUAUCUGAUGAUGAAAACAACCAUGUCGAUGGCACAAAGAACUCUUCGCAAUUUGCCACCGAUGAAGAGUUUUCGAAAGAGGAGCUGCAGAUUUACGAAGAGGAGAACAACCAGCUUUACAAUGAGCUGCAAAGUUUGAAUGAAGAAGUGCGUCAAAUUGAAAGCAAAGUUGUCCACAUUGCAGAACUGCAGGAAAUAUUCACGGAAAAAGUUCUCCAGCAGGAUAAAGAUAUUGAUAGAAUCAAUACAACUGUUGUUGGUGCUACUGAAAAUGUUAAGGAGGGUAAUGAUCAAAUUCGUCAAGCAAUUCAGCGAAAUGCUGGGCUUCGUAUUUAUAUUUUGUUAUUUUUAUUGGUUAUGUCAUUUUCCUUGUUAUUCUUAGAUUGGUAUAAUGAUUAAUACAGAUUAAUACUGCAAUUUACAUGAUAUCAAAAUAAAAACCUUGUUGAAGUUUCUA